AUGUCUCUACUAAGUAAAUUUAGAUUCUCUGAAACAUAGGAAAACACUAUAUUGUAGAUGAGAAAACAUAGUGUCAUUGAAGCAGAAUUUGCCAUUAAAAAAGGAAUAAAUGUAACAUUAUCAGCACAGAAUCUCAUGGAUUGUAGGUUUGGUGGAGUAGGAGGAGGAGCAUGCGAUGAUUCAUGGGAAUUUCAUGAAACUACAAGUGCAUAUAUGUAUGCGAGAGAUUAAGGGAUUUUAACUGAGUCUGAAUAUCCAUAUACUGGCAGAUCCGAUAGCUGAUGUAAAUACUCAGGAUUUGCACUAUGGAGUGUUUUAUCGUACAUGAAGCAUGACGGUGUAAAUUU